AUGGACCAUGGCAGCGAAGUUAUCGCAAAGCUUCCAUGCCGAAAUGCGGGUACGCGCUCGCUGAUAACGGCGUCAGAGGUGGCUACUUUGCAGUUUUUGAAAUCUCGUACCUCGAUACAUGUUCCGGAAGUAUUCGCCUGGAGUUCAGAUCCGGAAAACCCAAUAGGCUCGGAAUAUAUUCUUAUGGAGAAGAUCCAAGGGGUUGCACUGGCUGAAAGAUGGGGGACAAUGAAUCUGCUGGAACGCUACAAAGUAAUUGACCAAAUCGUUGAAAUGGAAAAGGAACUGGGAAGCCUGGAGUUUCCUGCCUUCGGAAGCCUGUAUCUACGAAAUUCUUUACCUUCUGGAUGUCGUCAUUACCCGCUCCCAUUGGAUUUAGAUCCUAACGGAUUGUAUUGCCUCGGGCUGUCAUGUAAUCAACAAAGGUGGGAUAAUGACCGCGCCAAAAUGUCUGGUCCAUGGCCAUCUUUUUUGGAGUUUGCACUCUCUAUUCCACAGCGGGAAUUGGAUUCCAUUGGUGACCCGAAAUCUGAAUUACAUCGUGUUGAUCGAUUCGGCGAGAGGCCGUUUUUGAAGGAGUAUAAGAUCCUUUUGCAAAAGGCGAUAGACAUCCUUCCUAUUCUAUCACGCGAUCCGCGUGUGGUAGAGGUGGCAGGACCUACCUUAUGGCAUACUGAUUUGCAUUUGGGAAAUAUUUUCGUUUCACCUGACGACCCUACUACUAUUUUGGGAAUAAUUGAUUGGCAAUCAUCUCAAGUCGGUCCUUUGUUCAUCCAAGCUCGAUUUCCAGAGUUCCUUAAGCGGCCGAAGCAUUACUAUCCCGGAACCAAAUUACCCACAUUACCGGAUAAUUUUGAUGACCUAGAUUCGGAGCAAAAGGAACAAGCUACUCAUGAAAAUAUUUUGGCAUCGCAGUCCAAGUACUACGAGAUGUCCAGUCUGGCGAACAAUAAACGGGUGUACGAUGCGUUGAAGCUUGAUCGCACGAUAUGGGAGCCCUUCACAUGUUGCCGGCGGUUCUCCAAUGGCAGCGUGGUUCCGCUACGUAACUCUAUGAUACGCAUUUCACAGGAUUGGACUCUGCUUGGCCUUCCGGGUAACUGUCCUUUCUCGUUUACUGAAGAGGAGUUAAGAAGACAUAAUGAGCAGGCGGUGCAGUACCAAGACAUGCUCUACUUGUGGGAUAUUGUGAAGACCCAACUCUCUACUGAUGACUCCGGCUGGGUCCCAGUGGAGCGAUGGAAGAAAACAAAUGAGAUAAAUAGAAGUCUCUUUGACAUGUAUGUCGAAACUAUGAGUGAAGAGCUAUCACUAGAUGCGGCAUUGAAAAAAUGGCCAUUUCCGCCCAAUGAUCUUUGA